CCAACUUACAUGUAAAUAUAUACACAUACGCAUAAGCGUUUUCCAAUGACCGAUAUCCAGCCGGAGAUGAAGAUCGAUCCCGCAAGGGCUAGAGCUCUUGCAUCUCAAGUACAGUCUGUCAGAGAGCGUCUAACCACAGCCGCGAAAGGACGAAAUGUCCGCCUCGUUGCCGUGUCCAAGCUGAAGCCCGCAAACGACAUCCUCGCCUUACACCAGCCGGCCGACCCAGCCGUCCCACCCGUCACCCACUUCGGCGAGAACUACGCCCAGGAACUCACCCAGAAGGCCCAAAUCCUCCCUCCCUCCAUCAACUGGCACUUCAUCGGAGGUCUACAGUCCUCACACGCCAAGAAGCUCGCUCGGAUCCCCAACCUCUUCUGCGUCUCCAGCGUCGACUCUCUCAAGAAGGCCCAGCUCCUCAACGCCGCCCGCGCCGACCUGAUCGCUUCCGCCUCGGCCUCCACCACCCCGUCCGCCGCCCCUGCCGCCGCUCCUGCCGCCGCUCCUGCCAAACUGAAUGUUCACAUCCAGGUGAACACCUCGGGCGAGGAGGCCAAAUCCGGCGCCGCCCCCGGGGAUGAGACCGUUGAGCUCUGCGCCGCCAUCGAGCGCGACUGCCCCGCCCUCCACCUCCUCGGUCUCAUGACCAUCGGUGCCAUCGGUCGCAGUCAAACCACCACCGCUGAGGGUGGCAACGAGGAUUUUGAAACGCUUCGGGAGCAGCGGGAUCUUGUCCGCUCCCGUCUCGGCAUUGAGCGCGACCUCGAACUCAGCAUGGGGAUGAGUGAGGACUUCGAGGGCGCCAUCGCCAUGGGUAGCGACGAGGUGAGGGUUGGGAGUACCAUUUUCGGGGAGAGGGGCCCCAAGAAUGAAGCCAAAGUGGUGGUGUAGAUGCUUGUCGUAGGAUCCUACUUGACGAUUGGGUUGAAUCUCGAAGACAUGGAACAUGAGAAAAAAGAAAAAGGCAUCACUGCCAAACUCCUCGCUGUGAGGUUGUUGAUUCGCCCGAACUACCGCAUACCGCAGGGGACACUAUAACAACUCGAUAAAAGCCCCAUAAAAUUAGUAGAUAUAUAUUAUAGGCAUGAAAAUAAACAUCGCGUGUACCUU